UCUUUCUAUUGCUGUGUUAUGCGAGUAAUUUGUGCUGAUAACGAAGUUUCGAUAAUGCUACGUACGUUGAUAAGAAUAUUUGAAAAAGUGUGUGCAAUUGGGCAGCUAGAAUGUCCGCAAUCUGAAAAGUGAACUGCUAUGGUUGAACAGAACAAGACUAAAGUCACAGAAUCGAAGUGCAGUGCACUGUUACGGCUGCUUUCCGAGUCAAGUGUUGUUAGUAGGCUCCAUCGCCUCCAGGGAUAUUGCCUCACACUACCACCGGUUUGAUUAAUAAUCUCGUCGUAAGCGCGUUCCGCACGCGGCAUUGAGGAACUAGGUCUGUAUUUGUACUGUAUCGUCAUCAUAUUUCGCGCAGCUGACGAAACAGAGUGGAGUGUAGAAAACACGCGAUAAUAUGUUACUGCGCGCCCGUCAAUUGGCGCUAAUUGCGUCCACUCCACGCUGCUGCAGUCGCAAAAUGGUACUGGAAACAUCGACACGUGCUUCGGCCACGAGCGCCGUAGUUUCAAGCCCGACCAAGACGUCGUCCAAGGUGGUUGGACAGGCGCCGUCGUCUCCGUCACUGUCACUGGGCAGCAAUGGCCAUUAUUCGGUGGAACCGGGGAAGCCUGUCCUGGAAAACUAUGAGAAUGCAGUGCAGGCCCUCAACUCGCUGCAGUCGAACUACAGUGUGCUACAAAGUUCGACCAGUAGGACGCAUACGGCCGAUUCGAUUCACAUCCAGGAGACGGUGAAGUUUUUGCAAAGAAUUGGAAUCUCCCUGGAUACGCUCGACCAACUUCCGGUAAUUCAUGUUUCCGGUACGAAAGGAAAGGGUUCAACAUGCUCACUGGUGGAGUCCAUUCUGCGAGCCCACGGCUACCGGACCGGUUUCUUCAGCUCACCUCACCUGGUAUCGGUGACCGAACGCAUCCGACUGAAUGGCGUUCCAAUCGAUUCGUCGAAAUUUGCGGUCUAUUUCUGGAGAAUAUAUAAUCGUCUAUUGAACAGUCGCGAUCACCAGUGGGAUAUGCCAGCUUAUUUCAAUUUCCUGACAAUUCUCGCGUUCAAUGUUUUUCUACGAGAGAAGAUUGAUGUGGCGAUUGUCGAGGUUGGCAUCGGAGGGAAGUACGAUUGCACGAAUGUGGUCCGGGGGACAAAAACCGUUGGAAUCACUUCGCUCGGUUUGGAGCACACUGCAUUGCUGGGGAACACUAUCGAGGACAUUGCGUGGCAGAAAGCCGGAAUAAUAAAGAACCAUUCGGAUGUGUAUACCGUGCGUCAACCGGAAGGCUGUUUAGACGUGAUUGCAAACCAAUGCCGUAAAAUGGAAGCCAAACUUCACCUUGUACCUGAUUUUGAUUCCUACAAAUGGAAACGGAAACCGAAUAUCAAUGCGAACAAUCUGGCCAUCAAACUGAACACAUCGCUUGCCAUUCAGAUAUCGCUGAACUGGAUUAGCCAAACACGCCCGGAACUGCUCAGCAAAAACGACGAACGUCUUUCGGAGGUGGUUAGCCAGGGUGUUGAGUCCUGUUUUUGGCCCGGUCGGUGCCAUCAGGUCCGAAAGGGGAACAAACGUAUAUUCCUGGAUGGUGCUCACACCGUGGAAAGCAUCGAAAUUUGUUCCAAGUGGUUCCAGACGUGCCAGCGGAAAAGCAAUCCCAAGAUUUUGAUUUUUAAUGCCACCGGAGAUCGAGACACGCGAAAGCUGUUGACAAUACUGGCCAAGCAUACGGAUUUCGACAGGGUGUUUUUUGCUCCGAACAUUGCCUCGCAAAUAACGUCAAACAUAGAUGCCAUCAAUCAUAAUUUCCCCAGUGACGAACAGAUUAGACGUUGCGAAGAAAAUGCUCUGCUGUGGCGUGAACUGAUGGGUCAACGUGACUCCACGCGCAACGUUAGUAGUAUAGCAUCCGUGCAACCUGCCCUGGAUGCCGUGAUCGAGCAGAUUGAUAACCACUACAUGAACCACCAGGAAUGUGAUAUAUUGGUAACCGGAUCGCUUCAUUUGAUUGGAGCUGCGUUGACUGCACUCAAAAUGGAAUCACAAGUGUUAACGCCUGGAUAGGAGACAGCACGUUUCCAAGUGUGGCUCAUUCAGUGUUUUUGAGUUAUAUUCAUUAUUUGAAAAAGACAAUGAAAUGCUCUCUUCAGAAGUGAAACCUUUUCCACGUGAAAACGAGGUGAGUGAUAUCUACAAUUAUUUUACUUACUGUUAUGUGAUGUUCUUUUAUACAACACUUUUCAAAAGUCAAUGAUACAAGGAAAAAGUUCAACAGGAA